ACCGACGCGAUAGGGAGUCACGCAGUCUCCUCUCGCUGCUCCCAGCUGCUCCCGCUCGCGUCGCGCUCGCGUCGUCGCGCGCGCUGGUGAACAAGUUAACGCGGACGCAGCCGAACGCACGCGUCGCCUCGCGCGCGUCCGUCGUCGGGCGGCCCAACCCACUUUCGACUUGCGAACGACCGCUCCGCUGGUGAGAGUGCGCGUCCGCGUCCGCGUCCGCGUCGAGUCAUGCACCUGCGAUGAUACCCUCGAGGUGAUAUCCUCGGGCAGCGUACUCUCCCAGCCGUCAGUGCGCGCGGGCCGAGUCCCGGGUAUCGCGCGUCGCGUCGCGUCGCGUCGCCCCCGCUCCGCUCCGCUUCGCCUCGCCCACCAUCGUCGUGUCACCCACUGCGCCUCGAACUCGGGUAUGGAAUCUUGCGGGACGACGGCGGCGGCGGUUGGUCCGAUAUCUCGACUCUCUCCAGUAAAGCGCGCGUUCACAUAACCUUUAAGCCGACCGAGGGAGAGCGCCGUUCUCUCUCCGCGCUCGCGAUUGCUCGCGAUUGCUCGCGAUGACGCUGUCGUCGUUAUCGUCGUCGUUGUCGUCCACCACGGAAGCGACAGUCCGACGACGCUAAACAGCCACGUCUCGAGGACGAGGCCACCUCCUCCUUCUUCCUCCCUCGCCCCGACGUUUCGCCCUGGCCGCCCUCGUUCGCGAGUUCGUGCCUCUCAUUUGUUGCGCUGCGCUAUCUCGGACACACAUGCACUACGUGUUCGUCGUGCUGUACCUGACGCUGUUCAGUUUGAUUCUGUUCUGUAUACUUUUGUUCUCGCGCGACGUUAUCUCGCGGUUACAAUCUGUUCUGUAUGUUUGAGUUUUUUCAUUAAUAAAUUUGGUUCUCACGCCCACGCAAAGACAAUGUUUUGUGUUUUCAUUUCGUCACACCAUACACGCACACGCACGAUUUCUCUCUCGCACACACCAACUCCCGUUCCUCCUCACAAUGCCAAUUCUGCACAGAUUCUCUCAUGUUUCCGUAAGUAUGCAUUAAUUCUGGAAUUGCGAUCAUCUUUUUUUUCCGAACAGAACGUUUCUUUUUUUUAACAAGCGUAUGUUAUGAUUUUGUGAUUCUCGCUGAACACCAGCUGAGAAUGUCGCGUGCUACUUCCUCCAACGUUCGACGUAUAGUCCUCUAGUUUGUUGAAAGAUAUCUAGAGAUUCAAUUAUUAAUUUUACAUAGUAUCAGUGCGAGAAUGUAUGAAUAAGAUGAACCUUUCUUCUAUUUUUUUUUCUAAUUUUUUUCCUAUUAUUUAAACGAGAACAUUCUGUAGCCCAAUGAGCUGACAUGAUCUACACGGUAAUCAUUUUCUGCUGAUUAUCAAAGCAAUGGUGCACUGAGAGAGAUCGACGUGUGUGGACUAAGUAAUUGAGGGAAUUUCUCAUCACACAAGCUGAGAAAAUGAAUAAUCAGGCGUUCAGCUUGGCGGAGAGGCUGAUACCUUCGACCUACGUACAGCAGGGCUUGAACGCCAAGAAGUCUCGCGAGAACCUCAUACGGCAUUUUAUCGAGCACCGAAAAUGGCCAGAGGAGGGUUGGGACGACGCGACGAUAGAGGCAUUUCUGUCGGAUCUAUCGCAAAUGGAUAGCAAUAACUUCCCCUCGAAUUGCAGCGUUGGCGAACGCGAAGCGAGGAUCGUGUCGAAUCUCGUCGCGAGACGACACUUUCGUAUGGGACAUGGCAUAGGUAGAUCCGGUGAUCUAGAAGAAGUACAACCAAAAGCUGCUGGUAGCAGUUUAAUGUAUAAAUUAACUAACUCCUUAGUGCUUGAAGUUAUACGAUAUAUGGGAGUAAAGAGCAUAGCAGGUUGCUUCCUAUCACCAAUGGCCACGGGAAUGAGCCUAGUUCUAUGUAUGUUAACGCUUAAGCAAGACAGACCACGAGCGAAAUACGUUCUAUGGCCUAGAAUUGACCAAAAGUCUAGCUUCAAGUCUAUAAUCACGGCCGGAUUAGAGCCUAUCGUUAUCGAGAUGCAAAUAAUAGGGGACGAAUUGAAGACCGACAUGCAGAGACUCGAGGCGCAAAUGGCAGCUCUAGGUGAGAGUGUCGCCUGCGUGCUCACAACGACUAGCUGUUUCGCGCCCAGAGCGUGUGACUCCGUGGACGCAAUCGCGGCCCUUUGCAGCCAGUACAACAUACCACAUCUGGUGAAUAAUGCAUACGGCUUGCAGAGCACAAGAUGUAUGCAUCUCAUACAAGAGGCGUCGAGAAAGGGUCGGGUGGAUGCUUUCGUUCAAAGCACGGACAAGAACUUUCUAGUCCCGGUGGGUGGUGCCAUCAUAGGCUCCUUCGACAAGAAUCUCUUAGAUCGCAUAUCGAAAAUGUAUCCAGGACGCGCGAGCGCGAGUUCCAUCAUGGAUGUAAUGAUAACGUUGCUGAGUCUUGGGAUGGCAGGGUACAAACAAUUGAUUGCUCAACGUAAGGAAAUGUAUUCCUAUCUGAAGGAGGAGUUGGGAAAACUAGCGACGAGGCACGGGGAGAGGCUGUUAGACACUAAGGGCAAUCCAAUAUCCAUGGCUAUGACUCUUCAAUGUCUGAGCCAUCAGCAUGACAACAAGCAAGUUACUAUGCUAGGAUCAAUGUUAUUUCUGCGUAACGUUAGUGGUACUAGAGUAAUAACGACCACGGAUUCUAAGCACAUUGUUUCACAUAAAUUUGAAGGUUGGGGUGCACACAACAGCAAUUACAGAGUUCCAUAUCUGACUGCUGCGGCAGCAUUAGGCAUGAAGAGAUCCGACGUGGAUGCGUUCAUACAAAGAUUGGACAAAGCUUUAACGAAAGUAAGGAGGCGUUCAGCGCCAGUAACGCCUACCGCUUCGCUCGCCGGUUCCAGCAUCAAUGGCGAUGCGGGUGGUACUGGUGGACCAGGGGAAUCUAGCACAGCCUCAACUAGUCGUGCAAGUAGCAAAGACAGUCUAAGGAAAUGAACCGUAAUCAACGCAACUGGUCAGUCCAAUCAGCACAUUAAUCUCAAUUUGUAAGUAGCUUAUCACUUACAAAUUGACAUCCGUAGCAUGUUUCUGAGAAAUGCAGAUUUGAUACAAUCUGUUCCUUUACGAGCGUGUCAAUCACAUGUUCAUGUUGACAGGAGUUUUACAAAACCUGAAGAGAAAUUUAAUACAAAAUAAAAACUUUGAAACUCUUAAAUCUAAAAAUUAUAUAUUUUUUAUGAGAAAAUAGAGGAAAGAUAUAUGUAUAUGGAAAAAUAUUUCUUUUCUAAAUAAAAUGUUGGAACAAAAUCCAUUACUAAUUUAAUAUUUGAUAUAAUAUUGAAAGAAACAGCGAACUACGUGUAUUUUCACAGACACAUGCUAGAUACAAAUGUACUGAUUCGUCUGCCCAUUUGCGUUGAUAUAUUGUCAAUUUAAACUAUAUACCAAAAAAAGAGGACAUCUUCAGACAUUAAAGAGUGAUCAAAAUUAAUAUUUGAGAAGAAAAUGACAAGAAAACGCACGAGGCAUUCGGAUUCCUACGGUUGUAUUUCAGAAAACGAUCUCAGAAAGAGAUUUAAGUGAUAAGCGCUGGCCGCCGAUAUAGUUGUUGAGUAUAUUCUUUGUUGAAAUGUAUAUGCUAUUAUUUAUAAAGACACAGGCAACAUUAAUUCUUACAUUUCUCUCUUUUCACCUUCUUGUUUUUUAAUGUUUUAUAGUUUGAUAUAAACACGUAAGAGACAUGUAUCAGUCAAAACAAAUUGUAUGUUUGCUUUUCACAUAUUAUAUAACGUGAGUUCCUUUUCUAAAGGAGUAACUAUAAAACUUGUGCAAUUCUGUCGAUACAUGUGCAAUAUUCACUUUUCCAAUUAUAUUUACCAUGUUAUUCUCUUAAAAGCUGUCACAUUUCUGAUUUAUUCACUUUUAUGCACUUAAUAGAAUUAUUAUAAAUUAUAUCAUAUUUUUUUCUAUUAUCUUUAAAUCAAGACUAUAAAGAAUGAGAAUCUUUUUCUUUUAUUUAAACAGAGUAUAUUCGUGUUUACGGCACUAGUAACAUGAUAUAUUAUCUGUAAAAAAGGCAGUAGUAAAAUAUUUAUGGAAACACUAUUAGGAAAGUAUGUCGAAAUUUAGAUACAUAGUACACCUAAUGACACAACAUGGUAUACGAUCAUAUUACCAUUGGGUUUAUUAGAAAAAUUGUAAUACCUUCGCGCAUGUAGAUAUUGUAUAUUUGGUUUAUUCCCGACAAGAACGACAAAAUCGUUAGAACACAAUAUCGUGCGUUACAUCAAUUCGUUUUCAGAUAUUAUUAUGUUUAAUUGUACUGCUGUGUAAUAAAUAGAGUAUUAUGUAUCUGAACUAGGAGGAGUAUAUUGCGUGCAUAUUAAUAUUGUUUGACAUAUUUAGUAUUAUUCGCAAGCAACAUCACAUAAUUAUUAACUACUAACACAAACAUACGGACACACAUACAUAUAUUUAUACAUAUGAAAAAGUAUGUUUAUAUGUAUAUAAAUGCCUGCGGUGUAUAGGUAUAUAUAUAGAUAUAUUCAUACUUGCAACAAUUCGUUGCUUAUAAAGAAUAGUUUAUUUGAAGUUUCAUGCAAUUUAGGAAAUGGUAUAUCGAAGUUGUAUUUAUAAAUAUUUAAUAGAGAUAAAAGGGGAAAGAAUAAACCAAUAGGAGGAGAUUAUUAGUGCUAUUAAAAUUUUAUCGAGUAUGUUAUAAUUUAUAAUGCCUGUUGUACUUCUUUUAAAUAGAGGCGUUAAUUAUUUAUAUUGUACUGUUGAAUUUUGUAGUGUACGAUUUUAUGUCGAGAAUGUUCGAGGCGUAAGAUUAUUAGCAAAUCGGUAAAUCAUCUGGUAAACUGACAACAGCGCGAAAUGAUUAUAAAUUGUAAAUCACCGUGGUUUUCGAAUUGAAUAUUGUUAUUAUUAUAAACGAAAGAGAGGCAAUGAUGCAUUUAAGCACAGAUUAGCAUUUAAUUAAACGCUUAGUUGACGGCUUAUUAGGAUGACAGUGCUGAUCAAGAUUUUGUGAAGCUCCUAGUAAUAAUUACCAUUGUUCAAUACAUUAUCCUACUAAUAAUUAUAGAUUCAUAUUUUUCAAUUAAUUAUAGUCACUACGUCCCUUAUAUUAAGAAACGGUCUUUCAGUACCUAUAUAAAUAUACUUUUCCUUUCUAAAAUUUACAAUAUUAUAAUUUACAGGGUGCUCUAGAUCCCUACACCUUUCAUCCGUGAAUCAUUGUUUGAUCUUUUCUAGAGAAUCGGUUCCAAAAUAAUCAAAGAAAAAUUUUAAAGCGUAGCUCAGUAGGUUUGGAACCUUAUAUACGGCAAUACUCAUAAUUUUAGACAAGGAUUAUAUAUAUAAUAUAUAAGUUAUAUACUGCGCUGCUGUGUAUUGCGUACUUUUCGAUCAUUAGUUACGAAACUUAUACGUUUCUUUGAUUAUUCAUUUAUCUCGAGGAGGAAUACGACAACAAAGAAAAAAAAAAAAUCUUUAAGAUGUAGUGGAAAAAGAAUUGCAAAAUUACCGCUAUAAGGGGAUCGUGUACGAUGCUAUAAUAGGAAAUACAUUGACGUUAUAUUGUUUAAUAAAGAGAAAUAUAUGUUGUGUAUACACAUAUAUACAUAAUAUACAUGUAUGAGCGAUCUUCAUAUCGUGAUAUCUUGAUGUAUUCGGGCUAUAUUAUCGAAAAAUCACGCCAUUUCAACUUUGCGAUCACUCUUCUAAUUUGUAUCUUUGUAUUUCAGAUUUACCUUUCACACUCUUUACUUCAGCGAGCAAUAAAUUGUAAUAUAACGCGUAAAUGAUUCUCUGAGGGGUUUUCCUUUCAUUCUAUAUGCUCAAGCAGGGAGACACUGAAUUUUCUCAAAGAGCAAUAGAGACAAAUCAGCCUAUAUACGUAUUUAUAUACAUGUAUAUAUACAUAUGCAUAUAUGUGUGUAAUGAUAGGAGAAAUAUUCUUAGGACACUGUGACGACGAGAUCUUAUAACUCGUACUCGUGACAAUUCCUAUGUAAAUAAAGGAGUCUCUGUCUUGUUUGAUUCACCUCCAUUUACAGCUGGAUUUCGUGCAAUAAAGGGCCAGCUUACUUACAACAUCGUUACACACACGCCUUUCAUGCAACAACGACGAUCUUGCGGACCUAAUUUUUUUCCACUCUCUUUUUCUCUCUUUUUCUCUUCCUGAGUUCCGCCCCCGACAUCAGCUCCGACUGCAGUUUCAUUGUCUUUUUAUAUACGACAUAUAAAAUGAUAUUCUAACACAGGCAGACAGCGAAUGCGUCGACUCGUGGAAUCACCUACGUUUACAUGAGAACAAAUGUGUAUUUAUAUAAGGAGUAAAAUAAAAAAAGAAAAAAUAUAUAUAUUAAUAUAUAUACAACCGACUCGCUGUAUUAAAGUUUAGGGUGUCGGUAUGUAAUCGUGAGCGAGUGCAGUUAAGGCUUAUAUCGCGUAUACAUACACGACAUGUAAAGCGAAACGAGUUAACUCGUAAACGUGUUCUCCGAGGAGCAUCUUUUUUUUUUUAAACGAUGCGAUAACGAGAAGAAGUCUGGAGGAGGAGUCCGCGACUCUGCUGACAUUGUACAUAAUGCGGUUUUUGCUGCUAGCGGCUCAUCUUUAAGACACGUGUUGAAGUGAAAAGGGGAGGCUUCUCAGCCACGUGGAGCCGAGGCACCACGACUAGGCGUCGGUGCUCCUCCUCGUGGGAACAAUUGUUGCUCAUAAAAACCGGCAUAUUCCGUUCGGAAGCUAACAGGCGAAACGAUCGAGAGGAAGAGGAUUGUACAGGAUGUAUUUGAUCCGAACGCAAAAGAAUUGAACAUGUUUCCGCGUCUGAUUUUCCUCCAGCGACUUAAAAAAAAAAGAGACACGCUGAAUAUUAAUCAAACGAUAGCGAACAAUGUAAACGGCGUAAUGUACAUGCUCUUCCCUAAAUAUGUGAUUACCGUGUAAUAGUCAGCGCUUUAUUUGUAAUAUACGCAAGACUAUUGGAUAAAUAAAUUAAAAACUGUUAAGCGA